AAAGUGUACAUAAUUUUUUUCAAAAUGAACUUUACAUUUUUAUUUUUUUUCGCUUUAUUUUGUGAAGUUGUAACUUUUACUGACGCUUUAAAAGCGAACGACCGAGGCGUAUGUGUGGUAUCAAGGAGCGUUCGAAAAACGAGGGCGAAGAACUAUAGAGUCAGAAUAAAUAAAAUGUGCGGUACCAAACGAUGCAUCGUUGUGAAGACAAAAGUUGAGGCAUACAAGCAGACGCAGAACGAAACAGUUUGCUGCAAUGGCUGGAUAUAUGAGAGCCAAGCAGACGCGUGCUCGCCUUCCUGUAGCACAGGAUGCAAUGGAGGAAGAUGCAUCGCGCCGGAAGUAUGCCAGUGCGACCCUCCUGCAAUUUUACAUCCGGAGCACAAGAAUAGUUGCUUCACUCCUACGUGUGAACCCGCUUGUCUUAACGGAAUAUGCGUGGCACCAGAUACGUGUUCCUGCCAUGAGGGUUACGAUAAAAUUGACGGUAGAUGUCAACCUAAGUGUGAAUCAUGUAUACAUGGAGAGUGUAAAACUCCAAACGUUUGUGAGUGUUUUGCCGGUUAUAAUAUGACUGACGGUGUCUGCAAGCCUAUAUGUGAUGGAUGUAAAAAUGGAGUUUGUAAAGCCCCAUAUACAUGUGAAUGCAACGAAGGCUACACGAAGAAUGUGACCGGUAACAAUUGUCACAAACUUUGCCCGGACAACUGUAAGAGUUGCGAUGAUGAUGGAAUUUGUUUAGACGGCGUUUGCGGACGCAGAUUACGUAAACCAGUAUUAGUAUGCUGUAAUGAUUGGGUGUAUAAAAACUCAAGAUGUCGACCAAAAUGUAAAAAUGACUGUCCAGGAGGCGAAUGUGUUGCUCCCUAUAAAUGUGUGUGCAAACCACCGGACAUACUAAACGAUAAAGGUGCUUGUGUACCGAAAUGCGAUUUUCCUUGCGUUAAUGGAACGUGUACAGGGACUAACACGUGUUCAUGUAACAGCGGCUACACAAAAAUGAGCCAGUAUGAAUGCAUACCAGAAUGUAAACAGCCUUGUGUUAAUGGCAUCUGUGUGGAGCCUGAUGUUUGCCGGUGCUUAGAAGGACAUACACCGAUAAGCAAAACGGAAUGUGACCCAAUAUGCGAUGAAUGCGAAAAUGGCAAAUGCGUUGGCCCAAACGUUUGUGUUUGUAACACCGGCUAUGAAAAGAAAAACGGAAGAUGUGAACCAAAAUGUGAUAGUGCAUGUUAUAACGGGUUUUGCUCAGAACCAAAUAAAUGCACAUGUAAUUCGGGAUUUGAAAUCGAUCCAUUGGAUAGAUUUAGUUGUCGACCGAUAUGCGACUCACCUUGCGUAAAUGCUUCUUGUGUAGCACCGAAUAUAUGCAUAUGCAAUCCAGGAUACGAACCAGUUAGUGCGUCAAUUUGCAAACCUAAGUGUAAUUUUUGCUCAAAUGGCGAUUGUAUUGGCCCAAAUGAAUGUCGUUGUCAUGAAGGUUAUACCAUGAAAGGUGGAAUAUGUAAGCCCGUGUGUUCAACUGCUUGUACUAAUGGAGUUUGUUCAGCUCCUGAUACGUGUUCGUGCAACUCAGGUUAUGAAUCAUUUAAUGCGUCGAUUUGCAAACCAAUAUGUAGCUAUUGCUCAAAUGGUGAAUGUAUUGGACCAAACGAAUGCCACUGUCACGAUGGCUAUAAUAUGAAAGGUGGCAUUUGUAAGCCCGUGUGUUCAAGUACUUGUAUUAAUGGAAUUUGCUCAGCUCCAGAUACUUGCACAUGUGUCCCAGGUUAUGUAGAUAAUCCAUUAGAUAAAUUCAGCUGUCUCCCUAUCUGUGAGUCAAAAUGUGUUAACGCUUCUUGUGUCGCACCAAAUAUGUGUAAAUGCAGCCCAGGAUAUGAACCAGUUAACGAGUCAACUUGUAAGCCAAAAUGUAAUGAUUGCUCCAAUGGUGAGUGCGUAGGCCCUAAUAAAUGUCAAUGUCAUGAAAACUACACCAUGGUAGGUGGUAAAUGUAAACCCUUGUGUAGUCAACCAUGCGUCAAUGGAUAUUGCUCUGGACUAAACACUUGUGCAUGUAAUGAUGGUUUUGAAUUAAGCAAUACAGAUCCAUUUCAAUGUCACCCGAUUUGUUCACAUAAAUGUAUCAACGCAACUUGUACAAGUUUAAAUGUUUGCCAAUGUCUGGAUGGAUAUGAAAAAGCUAACGAUAAUUUCACCUGUAAGCCAAAAUGCUCAGACUGUGAUAAUGGAAAAUGUGUUUCGUCUGAAGUUUGUUUCUGCAAUGAAGGAUACAAGAUGGAGGGCGGUAGAUGCACAGCGAUUUGUUUCAAAGCAUGUAAAAAUGGAUAUUGUAAAUCGCCUAAUGAAUGCGCCUGUUUAAAUGGUUACGUGAAGAGUUCCGAUGAUUCUUCAGUCUGCGUCAAGUCUUGUGCAAGUUCCUGUAAUAAUGGAACUUGCAAUAGUGCAGAUGAAUGUGUAUGUGAUCCUGGUUUUGAAAAUAAAAAUAACUCAUGCGAACCUAUAACAAUUGUGGAAUGCAACAGCUGUGAACACAAUUGUACAGAUGAGGAGUGCCGCUGUAUGGACGGCCGCAUUUGUAUCUACAACACUGAAACCGCUAAAGUUGCCUCGCCUACUGGGUUAGCUGGUCUGCAGCUAACAUGGUUGUUGGGAGGAUGCGUGGGUCUCUUGCUAAUCAUUUUGGUCAUUGGUGUGAUUGGGCAUAUGUGGCGGAAACGUCAGGAAUACGUGACCAAAACAGUGGACACUGGUAACGCAUAUGGAAGUGUUGUCUACACCGUGCCGGAUACCUUGAGGAAUCGAAGCUACCCCGAUAGCGAAUUCAAUGAUCUACAUAAAGAAGCCGUUGAAGAAGCAGACGAAGACGACGAAACGACACAAGCGGCCGAACAGCUUUUAGCGAGCAAAAUAGUAUUCGAACACGAUAAAUUCUAAUAAAUAAUUAUCCUCUGAAUUAUCCCCGUGUAAAAUAUAUUGUUUUAGGUUAAAAAUUCUAAA